AUGGAACUUGUGGGCUCCCUCAACAAGUGGUAUCAGAGUAGGCGGUCAAGGACCAUGAACCCAGCUAUUGGGCAUUGUUGUACGCAAAGACAGUGGUUCGAGACCAUUGUAUGGGAGCAGGCACUUAGGGACAAGACUACGCCAGAGUUUCAAGAUGAUUUGUUACAACACACCAAGAGGGCAAAGACCCUAAAGGGGGAGUGGGAUAACUUGGGGGUUGUUGAGAUGUAUGUCUCGGGCAAAGACAAACUGGGCUAUUUGAAUAGUGAUUCUCCUGAGCCCCCUCCUACUGAUCCGUUUUUUAGACAAUGGAAGACUGAUGAUUCUACGGUGAAAGGUUGGCUUAUCAAUUCUAUAGACCCAGCCUUGAUACCAAACUUUAUUCGGUUUCCUACUGCCAGAGCCAUAUGGGAUGCUGUGGCAACGACCUUUUUUUAUGGAUCUGACACCUCCCAAAUCUAUGAUAUUAAGAGGCAGGUUUCUCAAUUGAAGCAAGGCGGUGGACCCAUCGAGAAAUAUUACAAUGAUCUUCAAGGGCUCUGGCAUGAGAUUGAUUUCCGCCGUCCUAAUCCUAUGCAAUGUCCGACCGAUAUUCUGAGGUACAAUGCCAUUGUCCAUGAAGAUCGAGUUUAUACUUUUUUGGAUGGUCUUGAUGACCGCCUGGAUAAUGUUCGUGCUGAUGUUAUGAAGAUGGAUCCAUUUCCCACUAUUGAGCAAGCUUAUGCUCGAGUCAGGCGAGAGGAUAUGCGCCAAUCUAUCAUGCUCUCUACUCCUGUCGAGGUCACCUCUGGUUCUGCCAUGGUGUCACAGCGGGGCAAGGGUGAUCAGUUAGUGCUCUCUGCCCGGGGACCUCGCCCUAAACCUGGUAUGCCAAUUCAAUCCGAGGGAUGCUCUCACUGUGGGAAUCCUAAACAUAUAGCAGCAUCUUGUUUUAAACUGCAUGGUUAUCCGAACUGGUGGGAUGAUUUUCAGACCAAGAAAAAGAAACCAGGCUCCCAAAAGGGGCGGAAUGGAGGGCAAGCCUCCUUAGUGACUAACGGCUUGUCAUUAAUUCCCAUGGAGCCUGAAUCUGCUGAUGCCGAAUCUCUUGAAGGUAAUUGUGGGUUUGUCUUUGCUAAUGGACAUGGUGAUGGUCAUCAUAGAUGGAUAAUUGAUUCUGGCGCUACAGAUCAUAUGACUCCGGAAUCUGGUGACCUUCUUACAUCUACUACACCAUGUCGAGAUCAUAUUUACAAUGUUAAUGGACAUAGCUUUCCUGUGACGGCUGCUAGGCAUGUGUCUGUCACGCCUUCUCUCUCUCUAUCUCAUACCUUGCUUGUUCCUUCAUUGUCUAAUCGUCUGUUAUCAGUUGGACAGCUUACUAGUGAGUUGAACUGUGUUGUGCUUAUGUACCCUGAUUUUUGCCUGUUUCAGGACAUUCUCACGAAGGAGAUAAUUGGGCGUGAUACUAAGAGGGAGGGGCUGUAUUUCAUGGAUGAAAUUACUUAUGGAUGGACCUAUCAUUCUCGUGGACAGUUAGCUCAAGAGAAGGAACUUUGGUUAUGGCACCGUCGGCUAGAUACUGAUGUGCUUACUGGUUAUAAGCUACCCGAUAGGCAUAAUAGGGGUAAACCACCGAAUCGAUAUUCUCCAGAUGUAGAGGAUUGCCGAUCUCGAUACCCUAUUGCAGACUAUGUGUCUGCCAAGAGGCUGUCCACACCACUACAAGCCUUCGUGUUUACGAUUUCCUCAGUUCAAGUUCCAAACAGGGUUGAAGAAGCCAUGAAGGAUCCGAAAUGGCUUCAAGCGAUGGAGGCAGAGAUGGAGACGUUGGAGAAAAAUCGAACUUGGAAACUUGUGGAACUACCAAAGGAUAAAAAGCCUGUUGGAUGUAGGUGGGUGUUCACAGUCAAACAUAAGGCAGACGGCACUAUUGAGAGGUAUAAGGCGUGA